GCCUAGGGCUCCGCCGCGCCAGAUGCUGUACACAGAAGAGGCAGCCCUGUAUCAUGUUGGGCUGGAACAUGGUAGCCAAGUCCGACUGGUCCCUGACCUGGUUGCUGUGCCAGCUAGGGAUGGAACCUCCCAUUUAUCCUUUCACAUCCCUAGUGCCAAUGUUUCCUCAUAUGUCUGAUCUGUCCCAAGGCGUCCUGGCUGUGCUGCCUUCAUCCUGUUCCCUCCCCUCCCCCCGUGCUUGUGUAUGCAGAGGGGCUGCUGGAUGCUUGGAGUGCACUGUUGGGGAAGACACCACCUGCGUGAGGAGGGGACUGCAGCACCUGCACUCCCCUGCGCCCAGAGGGGCCUUUGGGAGCACAAUUUUUCUGCUGCAGUUCUUCAGAGCAGAGCUAGGCCUUUGGAGCCAUGGACAGAUACAACGAGGUCAAAGUCCUGCUAAAAAAAUGGGAGAUGACAUUUCUUCAAGAGCACCAGAAGAAACCGAGCAAGACUGAUAUGGAAAAGGCUCCAGAGGAGACAAAAAAACUGUACAGAGAGUAUAAAGCACUCAAGCAAGCAAGAGAGCAUCAAGGCCUCCCUGAAUCCAGCUCAGUCUGCCAGCAAACUGCUAAAGAAACCCCAAUAGUGGAACAGGCACCUGAUUCGGGUUGCUGGGGCGCGCAUCUGAAUCGAGAGCAGCAGAUCCCCAAGCUGAACCACCGAGACUGUGACACACUAAAGGCAUCUGCGCAGUAUUUUGGGAUGAAGCUGAAAGCCAACCUGGGAGCGGCCAUAAAGGAGCGUCCUAUAACUUGGAGAACGUCCUUGACUCCCCGAAGGAGGCCAGCUGUGCCCCUGGUGGAGAAGAGCUCGGAUGAGAGCAGCCAGGGGGCAUGUCCAAAGCCCCCGCGGACACCACCACUGAAAAGCAACACAGCCUGCAUUACUAACUCUGAUGCCAGCGAACCAGGAGAUGAUCUUCUCCCUCCCGCAAUAUUGGGGCUGGCCCCCACCAUCCUCUAUGCGGGGCUGACGCCGAGCCCUCAGGUAAAUAAGUUCCAGCAGCUGAAGCAGACGGUGGCCAAGCGACUGGGCUCCCUGGAUCCUGGCUGGCUGGACAGGUGUCAGGGCAUCAGGGAGCAAGCAGGGGAGAGACCAAGAGAGGAAAGUGCUUCUACCUCAAAUGGCAGGAGCCGAGAUCAGCCAGCAGCAGGCCCUGUCCUGCAGGGGAAUGCUGACCAACCUCUGCAUAGCCAUUCCCUGAACCAAACCACAGGAGCUAGGGCUCAGUCCCUGGAAAACGAGAAUGUUCCGCUUCUGGGAAACAGUCUCCUGGGGGGCUGGAAACGGCAGAACCAGCAGGAUCCUUCUAGGAGAACCCCGCAAGGAGCUGUGCUGGAGGCGGAUGAUCUAAUGAAAGGAGGGGGAGAUGCCUGCAGGGCGGCUGAGCAGGGUACUAGUGAAACCCGAGGGAACGGCAGGAUGGACUCGGCGCUUGGCACGGCAGAAAUCCGCCUUGCCAAAGAACGUGUCAGUAAACCUAAGAAUCUCCGGAAGGAUGCCCGCAUGGGAGCAGAGCAGGAAGAGCUCGGUAACACUUCAGGAGGGGAGGGAGGAGCAUCCUGCAGAACAAGGGACAGGCCCAGUCAACCCAAGAAGGUCAAAACGAGCAAUAAAAAAAGGCCCCGAACGGCGCCGGCCAGCAGAGAUGAUGGUGCGGCAGACCCAGAAGAUGGUGCUGCGGCUCCAAAGCGCAGGCGGACUAAUGCGUCAGCCGGAGACAAGCGCGUCUCAGCGAAGAAGAAAGCGAGAAGGGCUGUCUGUGCGCCCAAGCCAGACAAAAACAACCUGGAAGAGCAUGAGGAGUCCGCGGCGGUUGAAGAGAAGGGAAGGGAUGUGCCGGUGCUCUCUGAAAACCUCCUUGGAGAAGUCGAAGGGGAGGGGAAGCAGAAAUGGAGCAGCACAGCCAGUGUCUGCAGGGCCCCUCCGAAGAAGGACGGCAACUUUGUCAGACUCAACCUGAAGAGGAGAUCUCACGUUAAAGGUUACGCAUUGAGAGGUAACCACCUUCGCAAGCAGGUGUGGAAGCAGAAGUGGCAGAAGAAAGGCGAAUGGUUUGGAGGAGGUGGCAGGUGCUUCGACAGAGGCUCAGAUACCUGCUUCAGAUGUGGCGGAACGGGGCACUGGGCCUCGGAGUGUAAGGGCAAAGGCCCCGCCCCUGCUGUCGACUCAUGGCUGGAGGAAACCAGUGAAGCUGUUGAAGAGGAGACGCCAUUACCCACUCUGGAAGAAGUGGCCCGGAUGACUAACACGGCUUACAGCAAGAUCUCAGUGGAGAGCAGAAGCAGGCCUGAGAGGGCUGGCGAGGAGGAGUUUGACCUGCACGUGCAGAGGCCUGUGUAUGAGCCCCCUGCUCCGCCCCCACCCAUGGAGCCUCUCUAUGCGCUGGGCCAGGAUGGGAAGGUGAGAGAGACCCCUGCGGAGGUGUUUCAGACUCUGGCCGAGCUGGGAUACAGCGCCUUCCGCCCGGGCCAGGAGCUGGCCGUCAUGAGGGUUCUCUCAGGUCUGUCCACGCUGGUCGUGCUGUCGACGGGGAUGGGCAAGUCGCUGUGCUACCAGCUCCCGGCCUACUUGUACGGCAAGCGCUCCAAGUGCAUCACCCUGGUGGUCUCCCCGCUCGUGUCGCUGAUGGAUGACCAGGUUUCGGGGCUGCCCCCGCACCUGAAGGCGGUCUGCGUUCACUCCAACAUGUCGCAGAGCCAGCGAGAGGCUGCUAUGGAAAAGGUGAAGGCAGGGAAGGUGCACGUGCUGUUGCUCUCCCCGGAGGCCCUGGUGGGCGGGGGUGGGGCGGGGUCCAGCUGCCUCCCCUCUGCCGACCAGCUCCCGCCGGCGGCGUUUCCCGCCGUGCCCCCAAACCUGCACCUGUCUGUCUCCACGGACAGGGACAAGGAUCAGGCCCUGGUCUCGCUGCUGCAGGGAGAGAGGUUUGGGGGCCUGGACUCGGUCAUCGUUUACUGCACCCGGCGAGAGGAGACGGCCCGGAUUGCGGCGCUGAUCCGCACGUGCCUGCAGGGCGCUCCCUACUGGAUCCCUGGAAGCUGUGACAGGUCCCUUCCUCGGGGGGUCCCCGAUUCCUACCAUGGUGGCAUGUCCGCUGCCGAGCGCCGCCGCGUGCAGAACAACUUCAUGUGCGGCCAGCUGCGGAUCGUGGUGGCCACGGUGGCCUUUGGCAUGGGGCUAGACAAGUCCGACGUGCGCGGGAUUGUGCACUACAACAUGCCCAAGAACUUUGAGAGCUACGUGCAGGAGAUCGGCCGGGCGGGGCGGGACGGGGAGCCGGCGCACUGCCAUCUCUUCCUGGAUCCGGAGGGCAGGGAUCUGCACGAGCUCCGGCGGCACAUCUACGCCGACACGGUGGAUUUCUUCACCAUUAAGAAGCUAGUGCAGAAGGUUUUCCCUCGCUGUAGGUGCCUGGAGCUUCACCGCAAACAACGGGACCUCAGCGGGGGGCCUGAGGUGUCGGACACUGAGAUGCUGGAGCUCAUGGGAGCCGGCGAGGAGCCGGCGUGUUGGGCUGACAGGAAGAGUGGGCUGCAGCGAGUGUGUUACAAACACGAACGCGCCAUCCCUGUGCAGCAGACGGUGGAGUCCCUGGAUGCGCCGCUUCCUGGCAUCGAGACCCUGCUGUGCUACCUGGAGCUGCACCCACGGCGCUGGGUGGAGCUGCUGCACCCCACUUUCUCCUCCUGCCGGGUGGUGUGUUAUGGGGGCCCCCAGCAGCUCAGGGCGAUUGCAAAGAGCUCCCCACCCGUCGCCGUGUGCCUGGCCCGGGAGCGCCUGGCCGGGGUGGACCACACGCACGCCAGCUCUGUGGAAUUCGACGUGAUCGCCCUCAGUGACUCCAUGGGCUGGGAGGUUCUGCCGGUGAAGCGAGCCCUGCGCCAGCUCCAGUGGAGCACACAGCUGCAGAAAGGUGCAGGGGCUGGCCUGAGCCGGGUUCUUGGGGGUGUAGGGGCAGAGCAGGGGGAGGGAGCGCCAGAGAGAGCAGAGCUGGAAGGCUUCCUGCACCGCCGGGUGACCGCGCGGGAAGCGACUGCACUCUGCCAGCUCCAGGCCUGCUUCAGGGCCUUCCAGAGUGUGGCCUGCCACGCUGGCGCCCAGUACUCGGAGCAUGUGGAUGGGGAGAGGAGCUCCCGGCUGAAGGCCUUGUUGAUGGACUAUUUUGAGAAGAAGCCUGCGCUGGAUGGGACUGGGCUAAUGUGCGAGGAAGAAGAGGAGGAGGCAGAUCUCAAUAACAUUAAACUGCAGGAGUGGGAAGGGCAGAUCCGCUCGGACAUCCGGAAUUUCCUGUCCCUCCGCCAGGAGGAGAAGUUCUCUGGCAGAGCCGUUGCCCGGGUAUUUCACGGCAUUGGGAGCCCAUGUUACCCCGCUCAGGUCUACGGGCGAGACCGCAGGUUCUGGAGGAAAUACAUCCACUUCGACUUCAAUAAAAUCAUGCGCCUGGCCACCGAGGAGAUUAUCCGCUGCAGAUGAGCCUGCAAGGGCAGGGGUGGGAUGUACGGAAUGUCAGACACUGAGCAUCAGGGAAAUGGAAUGGCUCAGCUGGCACCGGAGCAGAGCCAGGGAGCCCUGUGGCUGUGGCUCCAUCUGCCAGAGCUCCUGGAUUCCAGUCACCUCCCGGCAGGUCCCAGGAGCUCCCACGACGGACUGUUCUCUAAGGGCUGCCGUGAUUCUAGCACCGGUUAACCCCGUGCUGGGAACUGGGGCUCCCAUUUGCAUUGGGAAGUUCUCCGCAGCUCCCAGCAGGCGAAGUACCUGCUUCUCAGGGAGAGGACAUGCCUUGGGCGGGGCAAAAGAAGAGUGAGAGCCCGAAGCUGGCCCCCAGGGUUGCUGGGCGGAAGAGGCUUUUGGUAAUCCAGCUGACUGUAUGUAAAUAUCCCUACUAAGGUUCAGUCCUCUAGAUAUGCCCCGAGCAAAUGCACCUUGGUGGCUCUGGGAGGCAAGUCCACCAGCCCGGCGUGCUAGGGGUUUGUGGUCUUGUCUUCCUGCUUUUCUGGGCUAACUCCAACAUCGGGCUCUACUCCUCUUGCAAAAUUGUCCAACACCUGAACCCACUUCCUGCCCUGGUCCCCUCUGAUCCCCACAGUACAGUGAAAGGCAGACUGGGUACAGCCAGCCUUUUCUCCUGACACAUGGGCUGUGAAUACACACGUCCCAUUCCCAUAGAAUAUUCAGUAACCGUCUUAAGAGAUGGCAGCGUUUGGCAGGAGGGGUGGGAUGCUCUCUGUGUGUUUAGAUGCAGAGGAGGUGGAUACUCCUCCCAACGUGCCCCAGUGUAUGUGAAAAGUGAGAGACAUUCAGUUUCGAAUGUACAUCUGAGCUUUGACUGGUUCCCCGCGCUAACGAUUGUUGCUCAGAGUCCAUUCCAAGGCCUUUCGAGUGCCUUCUCACUGCUGCUGUUUCCCCUCUUCCAUCUGGGACCAUAUUUGGGUUUUAUAUUCACACUAAUAAACUGUGACUUUUUAAAGUG